AUGGCGAAGCUCAUCCCUACCGCGAAGAUCACCCUCACCUAUCCUCUAUAUUCAUGCGACUUCGAUCCGACAGAUCCCAACCAGCUCAUCGUCGCAGGAGGUGGCGGUCCGGGACGAAAUGGUGUGGGGAAUAAAAUAACCGUUCUCAACACUUCUAACCCUGAAGAACUAUCGGAAGUCGCCGAACGUGAACUUAACAAAACCGAAGACAACGUCACGACACUCGCCAUCGGUCCUCGAAGUGAUAAGUCCUUGACCGUAUUUGCCGGCGUCAAUUCAAGCCCGGAAGAUAUUAAGAAGGGGAAGAAUGACCAUUUUCGUAUUUUCGAUAUCAACGAAUCCGCUAAAUCGGCCAAGACUAGCGGUGUAAGGGUUUCUAUUUCCGAGGUCGCGCGCCAUGCGCUGUUCGUGCAUAAGGAUACAAGCGCCUACCAAAGACUCCUCCGACUGUCCCACCCGUACGAAAACCUCCCACAAUUUGGUGCCGCCGCCACAGGACUGUCCAAGAAACCUGAGAUUGCGCUUUUCGAUGUACCAUGCGAAGGAGGUGGGAGGUGGAAACCGAGGGGUAGGCUGGAUAUCCCUAAAGAAGCAAUGGACCUAGACGUCGUUCAGACGGGGCCCGAUACAUACCAAUUGGCAUAUUGCGACGAUCACGAAAUCUUUACCGUCGAAGUAUCCAAGGAGGAAAUAUCGGAGCCCAAAUGCGUAUAUACUAUUACCCCAGAUGAAGGUGACGCAGCUAAGGCGUCGUUCAAAUCCUUGCGCUACCUGACACCUGGCUUCCUGAUCACAGUAGUCAACAAGCCCAACUCCCAAGGAGUUGCGCUACAUGGUUACCGUCUGCCUCUGAAUGAGCAAGAUGAUGCUCGUCUAGCGAUCAAAGCCAGGCUCCCAAAGGGCGUCUCUAAGGCAACAGGUCUUGCAGUGAGGAAUCUAUCACCAACGUCGUCCCCGACGGAUGAGACGGGCGAGACCCAAUUCGUAGUUGCGGUUGCAGGGAACGAUGCUUCAAUAUCGCUCUUCACGUUAGAACAUAAAUCCGCUGCUAAGGUAGUCCUCCUUGCAGAUCUGGCGCCGUUCCAAGUGCUCAAAGGUGUUCAUCCUUCAAAUAUAACCGGGCUCUCAUUUUCUCCGUUUUUACCGCCGAAAUCAGCGUCAAAAGGGAGCACCGAACUUACCGUCAAGCUGGCUAGCGUCGGUGUCGGUUUCACGACAGUAGUACACAGCAUACCGCUUAAGAGGCAUGUUGAUAAGUCUGUCGCGAAAGAAAACGGAGGGCUUUCGAGCCCGUCGCGUUACGUAGUUGCGCUGAAAUCUAAGGGCCAAUCACCCGUCACACCUAUCGCACUUGUUACAAUUGUGGUACUUCUCCUCGCUUUAAUCGGACAGGUCUUGCUCGAAGCGAAAGAUAUCGGCAAUCCCGUCCUCGGGAUCAGGCCUUAUCUACCUACGUCGUGGACGCAGCCCUUGCGCAAAGUCCCCGCGACCAACGAAAAGUCGAUCAAGGAUUUAUUAUCGGACGCUAACGCACAUCAUACCCAGCCGCUUGUGAUUCGACAUGACGAAACUGGGGAAGCGGACCCUCGAGGUCUGCCCCCUCUGCACGUCGGUAUCCACGACGAAGAGGUCCACGGCCCCGCCACAUCGUGGGAAAACCUAAGUCCCGACGAACAGCAGCUCUGGAAGGAUCGCCUAAAGAAGACGGGCCAUUGGUUCGAGGAUAUGGGCGAGUCCAUCUUCAAGGGCGUGCUUUUCGGUGAGAUAGGCGGGGCUAUCGGAAAUAUAAUCGGAGAGGCGCUAUAG